UUGCAGUCUUUUCAACAAACCUGUCUUCAUAAAUUCAAACGGUGCGUUCUUUUCUUGCAAGAGAUGUAGCCAUUCUCUGACUCGUUUCCUCCCUUCAUCUUUAUAUAUGCCCCUUCAUCGCAUACAGCGGAUUCUUCUCCCAAGAAAAAUCCCUUUUUUAGGUUCUGGGUUGUGUUUUCGAGACGUAAUUUCAUCUGGGUAUCUGCGAUUACGUUAAGAUUCCGACUUGUUCCGGCGGGGCGGAUAGAUUCUUAGUGUGUCCGUUGUUUUUCCGGGAAAAUUAGGUGUUAUUUUCCCGGAAAGCGUGUGUUAGGAGUGAUUUUCCAGUGCCGUCCGUUUUCAGUUUCAUCCUCACGUGUGUCUGCGUCGUGUUUUCUUUCUAUCCUCUUUGGACAUUUUUGCAGCUUUUAUCGGUGAGGGAAAAGGACUUUUGCAGUUGAGCUUGGUGGUUGGCGUUUCGGUCUCAAUCCGCUAGAAAAAAUUUUGUUGGAUUCAAAAGAAAAGUUUUCCGGGCUCUCGAACUCUUUCUCGUGAUUUCUCUCUUCUCUUCUGGGUUUAAAAUCGUGGGAACUCCCCCUGUUUGGACAGAGAGAAAACGCGAGAAAACGAGGGAAAACAUACACAUACAAACGUAUGCCCGAUUGCUUGGUAGAUCACAAUGGAAUCAUCCGGAGCCGUUGCUGAUCAGAGACCAGUCGUUGACUUCGUCAAGGACAGGAAUGGAAUCGGUCAGAUUCUGCUCCAGAAUCCCAAAGGGGCUUCUGUAAAGAUAAGCUUACAUGGCGCUCAAGUUCUUUCUUGGAAGACAGAGCGUGGUGACGAACUAUUGUUCACAAGCUCUAAGGCUGUCUUCAAGCCACCGCAUCCAGUCCGAGGAGGAAUCCCUAUAUGCUUUCCUCAGUUUGGAACUCGGGGAUUACUUGAGCAACACGGGUUUGCAAGGAACAAGAUUUGGGUCGUGGAAAAAGAUCCGCCGCCUUUGCCCUCUUUCGAUCCGACGCAAAAAGCCUAUGUCGAUUUGGUACUCAAGCCAUCCGAUGAAGAUUUGAGGAUUUGGCCUCACAGUUUUGAGUUUCACCUGAGGGUUUCAUUGGCAUCGGAUGGGAGCCUAAGGCUGAUAUCUCGAGUCCGGAACAUCAAUUCCAAGUCUUUUAGCUUUUCCAUUGCCUACCACACAUACUUCUCCAUCUCUGAUAUCAGUGAAGUUAGGAUUGAAGGGCUGGAAACUCUCGACUAUCUCGACAACUUACUCGAAAAGGAGCGGUUUACAGAACAAGGGGAUGCCUUAACCUUUGAAUCCGAGGUAGACAGAGUGUACCUCAGUUCUAAAGGAGCCGUUGCGGUCUUUGACCACGAGAGAAAGCGUACUUUCCUCGUCAAGAAAGAAGGGUUACCAGAUGUUGUGGUAUGGAAUCCAUGGGAGAAGAAGUCGAAAACGUUGGGGGAUUUGGGAGAUGAAGAGUACAAGCGCAUGCUGUGUGUUGAUGGUGCAGCCAUUGAGAAACCCAUCACCUUGAAACCUGGGGAAGAAUGGACCGGGAAACUGGAACUCUCUGUUAUUCCUUCGACCUGAAAUCGUGGUGCAGCCACUGAGUCAUCUUUCUCUCUCUCUCUCUGUUUUUUUGGAUAGCAAUAGAACACCCAAUGUGAUUUUUCAAUAACAAAUCAAGAACAAUAAAAUGUAAAAAGGAAAGACGAUUUGGAUUGUCACCCAUUUUUAGGUAGUGACCAGAUCGUUUUCUUUCUUCUUUGGGUAUUUGUAAUGACAAUGAGAUUGAGAUGUUGUAAUGGUGAAACCAAAACAGGAUGGGAGAUUUGGUAAUAUCCUUUUUCUGUAA